CGCGUCUCCAAGUCCGUAUACAAAACCAACGCCCCUCCAUCAUUUCCAUCUCUCCACCCAACAACCCCCAGCAUCUAAUAUUGAGAAGUUGUCGUCCCCACUCAAUUAAAGAUGUUCGUUAUCAAAAGAGAUGGACGCAAGGAACGAGUCCAAUUCGACAAGAUCACUGCUCGUGUCUCUCGUCUAUGUUAUGGAUUAGACCCAGAGCAUGUCGAUGCUGCGGCUAUCACGCAGAAGGUCAUCUCGGGUGUGUAUCAAGGCGUUACUACGAUCGAACUAGACAACCUCGCUGCUGAAACGGCCGCGUACAUGACGGUUACUCACCCUGAUUAUGCUAUCCUUGCGGCACGUAUAGCCGUCUCCAAUCUUCACAAGCAGACCAAGAAACAAUUCUCUGCUGUCGUCUCCGAUCUAUACUAUUAUGUGAACCCGAAGAACGGGAAGAAGGCUCCAAUGAUUUCCCAAGAGACAUAUGACACUGUCAUGAAACAUGCAGAGGAACUAAAUUCUGCUAUCGUUUAUGACCGAGACUUCAAUUACCAGUACUUCGGUUUCAAGACUCUGGAACGGUCUUACCUUCUCCGACUAGACGGCAAGGUCGCCGAACGUCCACAACACAUGAUCAUGCGUGUCGCCGUCGGUAUCUGGGGUGAUGACAUUGAACGUGCCGUUGAGACAUACAACUACAUGUCCAACAAGUAUUUCACUCACGCGUCCCCUACCCUCUUCAAUGCUGGUACACCUCAACCGCAAUUGUCGUCAUGCUUCCUCGUGGAUAUGAAAGACGACAGCAUUGAUGGUAUCUACGACACACUGAAGACCUGUGCCUUGAUCUCCAAGACCGCUGGCGGUAUUGGACUGAACGUGCACCGCAUUCGCGCGACUGGCUCCUAUAUCGGUGGUACUAACGGGACCUCGAAUGGUUUGGUUCCCAUGCUUCGUGUUUUCAAUAACACUGCUCGCUACGUUGAUCAAGGAGGCAACAAGCGUCCUGGUGCCUUUGCCAUCUACCUAGAGCCCUGGCAUGCGGACAUCUUCAGCUUCCUUGAUCUGCGAAAGAACCAUGGUAAGGAGGAGGUACGUGCACGUGAUCUAUUUUUCGCCCUCUGGAUUCCGGAUUUGUUCAUGAAGCGUAUCCAAGAGAACGGCGAAUGGACACUUUUCUGCCCCAACGAAGCACCUGGCCUUGCCGACUGCUACGGUGAGGAAUACGAAGCCCUCUAUGAGAAGUAUGAGAAAGAAGGGCGCGGUCGUGAGACCAUCCGUGCCCAGAAACUGUGGUACGCCAUUCUUGAGGCUCAGACCGAGACAGGAAACCCCUUCAUGCUUUACAAGGACGCUUGCAAUCGCAAAAGCAACCAAAAGAACCUUGGCACCAUCCGAAGCUCCAAUUUGUGCACAGAGAUCAUCGAGUAUAGCGCACCAGAUGAGGUCGCUGUAUGUAACCUAGCGUCACUUGCCCUCCCUACGUACAUUGAUCUCAACCGAGGCAAGUUCGAUUUCGACAAGCUUCACGAAGUUGUUAGACUUGUAACUCGCAAUCUCAACAAGAUCAUUGAAGUCAAUCACUAUCCGGUUGAAGAGGCUAGACGGAGCAACUUUCGUCACCGACCGAUUGGCCUUGGUGUUCAAGGUCUCGCCGAUGCUUUCCUGGCCCUCAGACUUCCCUUCGAGUCACCGGAGGCGAAGAACCUUAACAUUCAGAUUUUCGAAACCAUUUAUCAUGGUGCUUUGACAGCGUCAUGCGAAAUUGCAAAGGAGCAGGGUGCCUAUGCGACCUACGAAGGAUCCCCUGUAUCUCAAGGCAUCCUUCAAUACGACAUGUGGGACGUAACGCCCACUGACCUGUGGGACUGGGAUGCUCUAAAAGCGGACAUCGCGCAGCAUGGUGUUCGCAACAGUCUGUUGGUUGCACCUAUGCCGACUGCCAGUACAAGCCAGAUUCUCGGCUUCAAUGAAUGCUUCGAACCUUACACCUCGAACAUCUACUCUCGCCGCGUUCUGGCUGGCGAAUUCCAGGUUGUGAACCCGUGGCUGUUGAAGGAUCUCGUUGACAUGGGACUGUGGUCUGAUAAAAUGAAGAAUCGUAUCAUCGCCGAUGGUGGCAGCAUUCAACGCAUUCCGAACAUUCCAGAUGAUAUCAAGGCUUUGUACAAGACCGUAUGGGAGAUCUCCCAGCGGACUAUUGUUCAGAUGGCCGCUGAUCGUGGUGCCUUCAUUGAUCAGUCUCAAUCUCUGAACAUACACAUGAAGGAACCAACUAUGGGCAAGAUUACUAGCAUGCACUUCACUGGCUGGAAGCUUGGUCUCAAGACCGGCAUGUACUACUUGCGUACAAUGGCUGCGUCAGCUCCUAUCCAGUUUACGGUCGAUCAAGAAGCCCUGAAGGUCGCCGAUAAUACCAUUGCUCGAGCUUUAGGUUCCGGAAAGAAGCGGAACAAUGGACCUGGAGGAUACCCUACGACGCCUUCUCCAUCGGCUGUACCCCGUCCUAUGUAUAUGGCUAAGACUCCUAAUGGCGUGAGUGAUUCAGGAAACGUUAAUGGUGUAUCAACGCGGGCAACGACUCCACCUGCACCGGAAAACAAGCAGUUCAAUGUUACUCCAAAGAAAGACGCAAUGGCAGUUCCUACAUUCAGGGCCGAUGUGGAGGAGGGGGAAAGCCCCAAGAUACUCAGCACUGAUCUAAAGGGGACGUUGGAAGGCGAAGCACUUCCCGAGCCGGCUGUCGACGGACAGGAAGAAGAUGCAGAGAAAGAUAGCAAAGACCGUGAAGGGGAUAUAUAUGCUGAUGCUGUGCUGGCUUGCAGUAUCGAGAAUCGAGAUGCAUGCGUGAUGUGUAGCGGCUAGAGGUUCAGGCCUUGUUCUCGGGAUCUGCUUUUCGGAGAGAGAGGAUAUACCUGCAUGCUGGCGUUCGGGACAAGAGUUAUGUAAUGACAUUGCGACGGUUUGUUUACUAUGUGCUGCAAUGGUGUGUGCAUAUUAAUAGCAAUAUCUGUAAUACAACAUCUUUAUCA